AUGUCCUCCUCCUCAUCCUCUGCUUCUACCCAGGACCCUGUCAGCCAGACCCUGGCCCAGUACACACCCUGCGACGUGGCCGAUGCUCUCGUCAAGUAUGGUAUCCCCCAUGGCGGUUAUAUUCCUCAUCUUGUUCAAUAUUCCAAAACCCUAGAUGCUACAGGCUCUGUGGCCGGCCGUGCAUAUACCGUGGAGUAUGCGCCGCUCGACGACCCGCGUCCUGCAGUCAAGGGCGGGUACAUUGACACUGCUCCUGCUGGUGGCGUUGUGGUUCUGGGAACUUCUGCAUCUGUGCAAAUUCCAGUUGCCCCAUAUACUCGCAUUUCGAAUGCGUUGUAUGGUGGUUUGAUGAGCACUCGUGCACAGUACCGUGGGGCUGUUGGAUCUGUAGUACUUGGUAAGAUUCGCGAUGUACGUGAGCACAAUGCACUUGGGUAUCCUGUUUUUGCUUACGGUCUUGGGAUUUGUGCACCCACUAAGGUUGUUAAGGUUGUUGCAGUUGAUGCUCCUCUUGUGGUCAAAGUGGCUUCACAGUCGACAGAUGCUGGUGCGCCCGAUGAGGAGCGAGUGAUUAACCCGGGUGAUUACAUUGUUGCCGAUGAGAAUGGCGUUGUUGUGCUGCCGGCAGCCGACGAAGAGUUUGUGAAAAAGGUUUUGGAAGCAAUUCCACCUCGUGUGCGUGCUGACGAGCUUGUUGCUGAGGAUAUUAAGCAAGGAGUACCGGCUGGUCAGGCACAGAAACACCGUCGUGCCGGUCUGUAA